CGCUUUCACGUCGUGACUUCGCAAUCUGCACACACAGCAGCAAUUGCGAAAUCCACGAUGUCACGGAAACGUGCCUUCGCGGCCACUUCCCAUACGUCUGACGACAUGCUAGUCGAUGCCGGCGACGGCUUCGGCGCCCCUCGGUCGCAGACACCUUCCUCGCCCCCGACUUCACCGUCACUGCUCCCCAUUCCGGGCCAGUGGCCGCGCAUUUGCAACCAGAGCCCACUGUCCGAGUCCUCCAACCCCGUCGCGGUUUGGUUCUUCACCACCAUCCGCAAGUUCGUCCCGACCGUUGCGAUUCGAAACAUACUCGGCCUUCCGUACAACCUCGCUCAGCGUUUCCUUCGCCCGCAGCUCAUCCGCGUCGAGUCAGUCACACGCCAGGAUGGAGCCCGCAAGAAGCGACUCAUUGACAUGGGCGCUGCUGACCCCGUCACGCCCACCAAGCCGCGCGCUGGCAACGCUCGACGCAGCAAGCAGCAAUUACAGCAAUUACGUCGGAGCCCACCAAGCUCUCUCAAGUUCAACUGUUGGCUCCCGGGCACGUGGCCAGACAGCCCCGUCGUGCAACCUGAUACUGUUGCUGCCCUCACGACCAACACUGCCCUCACCGUCGAAGCUGCCUUCAUCGCCAACGCUACCCCUACCCACAAUGUCACUCCUAUCAGCGAUGUCGAUGUCGACAUGACCCCACCGUCAUCACCUCAGGAUGCGAGCUUCACCUCUGUUGAUGGCUCCCCAAUUGGCCUUGAGGAGGACUGCGCUAUGAAGGACGCCAUCGUGGACUGCGCCAUGGAGGACGCCGCCGACUGGAGUGAGUUUGAACCCUCGCUUACAUCGACCCCACGUCACGUCUUCGAAUCCAGCGAUUCGCCUGUCAAGGCUCUACCCGUCGAACCCGUUACGCCUGUUACGCCUGUCAGACGCCGCGUCGAACCAUCCUUUCCUACUGCCCCCCCGUCGCCCAUCAAAAUGACGCCUGCCUUGCCAAACAGUCAGGGCAUGUCAUUCAAUAUUACCCAGAUGUGGCCGACAGGAGGAUACUAUGUUCCGCCAGACUUCGACAAUACUCCGCCCAACAUAUUCGCACCCAAGCCAUCUGAUGAUGACUCCACUAGCCGCCGUGCGUCCAGCCCCACCACCAAGGCUCCGGACUGUAACCACGUCUCACCAUCGCCUGCUCGGAAGAAUGAUACUCCUGUGAGCACUCCGACGAAGGCAUCCACCAACUCACCGGCCAUGAUCGGCUCGAAGACCUCUAUCUCCGGUUCUCCAAGCCCGUGCAACAAGCUCCUUGAGCUCCACCGCCUGUCGCCCACGUUCUCAGCGCGAGGCUAUCACACUAGGCCAUCAAGCCCCCCUCCCCACAGGGGCCCCCUCAGAACCAACGUCCUUAAGUCCGCUCUCCACCUGGAGCGCGCACGAGCGAUUGCGACGGCGGCGCGCGUCGCGCACGCUAAAUACAAGGCUGCACAUGAUGCCCGGAACAACGGAAACGCCGAGGCCCGAGCCAAGGAUAACCUCGAUGUUGAAGAGACUGGGGACAACACCCAGGUCUCCAUCCACACCACCUCUUCGUAUGACAACGACCUCUCCACGCUGCCGGAUGCGCCGACGCCACCAGCAAAGAAGUCAGUCACUUUCACUGUGAACCAACAUGUGAGGACUUUCUAUCAGGAUGCCCUUGUCUCGGAGUACCAAGACUCCACGCUGCUCAGCAUCAUCUCGUGCACGGACCCGGCUGCGGCGAGGGCUGCUCUUAGGAUGAGCCAGUCAUCCGAAGAGGGCCUGUUAGCUGAAGAGGGCCGGUUAGCUGAAGAAGGCCACUUUUUCGAAGAGAGCAAGUCGCCUGAGAAGUGCCCGGACAGUCCGACCAGGAAGGCUCCUCCGAAGUCCGACAUUCCCGAAGUCUCUCUCGUCGAAGACUUGACAGCCGCCCUGCAUAUUGACAGUGACGACGGCGGUUUCCGCGGAGUGCCCCAGGACAUCUUCGACUACUCUGACGAUGAAGAUUCCCUCGAAGAAUCACAGUUGUCCAUUGAGCUGGUCGACGAGCUUUACGAAGACGUUGAGCAACAAUUGAAGAUCGCUCCACCCCAGAACAUCCCGCUCGUGCCAGCUCCGACUACGAAGCCCCUCGUGUCCCCGUUGACGGAUGCAGAGAAGGAUAUCCUGAAUGCUGCAAUCAAGGCCACCGAUAAUGGAAGGAACCACAUUCAGCUUGUCCCCGGCAAGCUAUCCACUCACGACUUCAGCACUCUCUUGCCCCGGGAAUUCAAUGGUGAUCCUAGGGCCUGGCUGAAUGACAACAUUGUCAAUGAAUAUCUCAACACCCUCGUCGACGACAUCAAGAAGAAGGAGGGCUAUGAACAUCAGAAGGAUGGGCCUGCUCCCUCUGUGCACGCUUUCGCUUCCCAAUGGUACAACAACAUGUGCAACAAUCCUACUUCAGUCGCGCGUUGGGCUUUCAGGAAGAACCUCGCCGGAACGCUGCUGCUCGAUGCCAGGUUGAUGCUCUUCCCGAUCUGCUUGGGCGGAAACCACUGGGUACUACUCGCCAUCAAGGGUAGAGAACGCUUCAUCGAGGUUUACGAUUCAUUGGGCAGAAAGAGUGAGGGGGGUAUUGUGAAGGUCGCUCGUGAUUGGCUCAAGAUGGAACUGGGUGACCUCUACGUCGCCGCCGAGUGGAAGGACGACCAGCAGCGGGAGCGUAGCCAGAAGCAGCAGAACUCCAGUGACUGCGGUGUAUUCACCCUACUCAAUGCUCUGUGUCUGCUCCGCGGUGAGGAGCACAGCCGGGUUGUGCCUGUCGAGUUCAUGGACGAUGCCCGUCGUCGGCUGGCCGUCUCUCUUCUCGCCGGCCAGCCGACGACGGAGCUGGACUGACUGGUGGAUUGAAGAGAGUAUGGCGUCCAAUGAGGUUUAUUUCCUUUUCUUUGUUUUGCAUAGCUCAGGCGUUCGUCACGGCUACGGCGGGGAUGGCUAUGAGACCAUGAGCGAUACCCCUGGGCGGCUGCCCGUAACUGACUGUACUACCAAGAAGUAAUUGUAUGAUUAUGAAUCCGAUAGACUUGAUUAGAAAAUGAGCCUGAUUUGUCA